GACCGGCUGUGCUGCCUAUUUUUGUCGUUUAGGGCAUUGUUGCGUCUUGUGCUGUGGUGGAUGAUGUAUUUCUAGGUGUUGCCGUGGUUGCGUACCCAGUCGCAUGCCCCACUUGCUGAGACGGGUAGCAUGCGAUGCAGGAAGAUAUGUGACUGAGUGUCGGGGCGUCUAGGCUUUUUAACUUCUACAUCGCGGGUAACGACUGACCGUGAGGAAGAUUCUACAGUGGACCUGGAUAUUAUCAGCUGCCAGGGUUCUGUAACAUUGUUUUGUCAUCAUGCCGCGGAGACGCAAGACCCCGCGGGAACUUGAGGAGAGUGCCCAAGCUCAGGCUUUAGCAGAAGCUCAAGCAUCGGCAUUAGCAGGAGCGGAGGGGUCAGCUCCUUCAGCUGUUGCGCCGGAACCUGCUUCGACUCCGACUCCAGCUGCUGGUGGAGCUGCUGUUCCAGCCCCUAUUCCAGUGUCAGCACCUGCACAGCACGUUGCUUCUCAACAUGUUGAGGGCCAGGGCCAUGGUCAAGCUCACUCCCAGCAUUUAGGAGAGGGCUCGCAAGGCCAAGGUUCGGGGCAUUCUCAGGGACAGAGGCAAAGGCAAGGACAAGGGCAAGGGCAAGGUCAAGGACAGGGGCAAGGUCAAGGACAGGGGCAAGGUCAAGGACAGGGGCAAGGUCAAGGACAGGGGCAAGGGCAAGGACAGGGGCAAGGGCAAGGGCAAGGACGCGAUGAACCCAAUAGCAGUGGACCUCCUGGGCGGGCGAGAGGAGGCAUGGGAGGAGGCGAGCGAGGUUCUGGAAGGAGGGGUGGCAGGAGCCGCUAUAAUCAGGGUCCAUCUCAUAGCGCCCCCCACCACAAUGCUCCAGGCUCUUUCAAUCCUCACCCUGAACAGUACCGGGCCCACGGAGGACAGGAGUACCACGACAUGCAACAUCCGGGCUACACCCCUCCUGUGUAUAGGAGGCCCUCAAGACCCUCCCAGCAACCGAUACCUCCAGCGCCUAGGCCUAUGCAGCAAGGAGGAAGGGGUCCUCCGUAUCCUGGUCCAUCAUAUGGACCUGGCGGAGGACCCCCUGUGCAUUUCGCUGCACUGCCUGCAGGCUAUGGAUCAGGUGUAGGUCCAGUUGUUGAGCAGUUCGGGUCAGUGGUUAUAGGGGGUGUUGGACCUCGUUUCAACUCUGGUCCAACUCAAGAGCAAGCUGUUUCUAAAUACGAGCCGCCACCCACGCCUCCACCGAUUUCUAGCAAACAGUUGAGAUUUCCUUUGCGUCCAGACCGAGGAAGGAUCGGUCUGAGGUGUAUUGUGAAGGCAAAUCAUUUUUUUGUCGAGCUACCUGACAAAGAUCUUCAUCAGUACGAUGUGACUAUCACUCCAGAGGUCACAUCCAGGGGUAUCAACAGGGCCGUCAUGGAGCAGCUUGUGAAGCUUUACAGAGAGUCACACUUGAGCUCCAGGCUUCCUGCGUAUGAUGGUCGGAAGAGUUUGUAUACCGCUGGGCCACUUCCGUUUCAGAGCAAGGAAUUCCAGAUCAGUCUUUUGGACGAGGAUGAUGGAACCAACCAACCUAGCCGCAGACGGGAGAGGCUUUUCAAAGUGGUUAUCAAGUUUGCUGCUCGAGCAGAUUUGCAUCAUCUUGGGCAAUUUCUUCUUGGACGCCAAGCUGAUGCUCCUCAAGAAGCCUUGCAAGUCCUAGAUAUCGUAUUGAGGGAGCUUCCUACCCACCGUUAUUCUCCUGUAGGACGCUCGUUCUAUUCUCCCAAUCUGGGCACUCGACAGCCGUUAGGAGAUGGUCUUGAAAGCUGGCGGGGCUUUUAUCAAAGUAUUCGACCAACUCAAAUGGGAUUGUCCCUAAACAUUGACAUGUCUUCCACAGCGUUCAUAGAACCCAAGACUGUAAUGGAGUUUAUAAGGGAUCUCCUCAACAAGGAGUUGACCCGUAGCCUAAGUGAUGCCGAUCGUAUGAAGAUCAAGAAAGCUCUUCGCGGAGUCAAAGUGGAAGUGACUCAUCGCGGAAGUAUGCGUCGCAAAUACCGUAUAUCUGGGCUUACCCAUCAGGCUACUAAUGAACUCGAAUUUCCAGUUGAUGAGAAUGGGACAUUGAAGUCUGUCACCGACUAUUUUCGGGAAACAUACGGCUAUUUUAUCCGUCAUCCGUCUUUGCCGUGCCUUCAAGUGGGUAAUUCUCUGCGUCCCAACUACCUUCCCAUGGAAGUAUGCAAGAUCGUUGAAGGCCAGCGAUAUUCGAAACGGUUGAAUGAGCGCCAAAUUACAGCUCUUCUCAAAGUAACUUGCCAGCGACCUCGAGACAGAGAAGCAGAUAUUAUGCAGACAGUACACCACAAUGCAUACCACCAAGAUCCCUAUGCUCAAGAGUUUGGGAUCAGAAUUAGUAAUGAGCUUGCGCAAGUGGAGGCACGAGUCCUGCCAGCUCCACGGCUGAAGUACCAUGAUACUGGCAGGGAAAAGGAGUGUCUUCCACAAGUUGGACAGUGGAAUAUGAUGAAUAAGAAAAUGGUGAACGGCGGUAUCGUGAACUACUGGGCAUGUAUCAAUUUUUCACGCACUGUCCAAGAGAAUGUGGCGAAGAACUUCUGCCAAGAGCUGGCUCAGAUGUGCCACACAUCCGGGAUGCAAUUUACAAGAGAUCCCGUUGUGCCUUUGCAAAGCUACCGACCCGAGCACUCGGACCGAGCUCUGUUUCAGCUAUGUGAUGACGUGCACAAAAAGACUAAGGGCAAGAGCUUGGAUCUCCUUAUUGCAAUCCUUCCAGACAACAACGGGCCUUUGUAUGGUGAUUUGAAGAAGCAAUGUGAGACUGUACUGGGUGUGGUUUCUCAGUGUUGUUUGACCAAGCAUGUUUUCAAGAUGAGCAAGCAGUACCUGGCAAACGUGGCUCUCAAAAUUAAUGUCAAGGUUGGGGGUCGGAACACUGUCCUGGUGGAUGCACUUACACGCAAGAUUCCUCUCGUCAGUGAUAUUCCCACCAUAAUAUUUGGUGCAGAUGUUACUCAUCCACAUCCUGGAGAGGACUCCAGUCCCUCCAUUGCUGCAGUGGUAGCUUCGCAGGAUUGGCCCGAGGUCACCAAGUAUGCAGGGUUGGUGUGUGCUCAAGCUCACCGUCAGGAGUUGAUUCAGGAUCUGUACAAGGAAUGGAGGGACCCCCAGAAAGGCACGAUGACAGGAGGGAUGAUAAAGGAACUCCUUAUCUCUUUCCGGUGUGCGACCGGUCAAAAGCCACUUCGGAUUAUCUUUUACAGAGAUGGAGUAAGUGAAGGUCAAUUUUACCAGGUUCUUCUGUAUGAACUGGACGCAAUCAGGAAAGCUUGCGCUUCCCUUGAACCGGAUUACCAGCCUCCAGUCACAUUUGUGGUCGUUCAGAAAAGACACCACACUCGUUUAUUUGCCAGCAAUCAUAAUGACAAUCGCUCUACUGAUAGAAGUGGCAACAUUUUACCAGGGACUGUAGUGGACUCAAAGAUCUGUCAUCCUACAGAAUUCGAUUUCUAUCUUUGUAGUCAUGCUGGGAUUCAGGGAACCAGUCGACCUGCGCAUUACCAUGUGCUGUGGGAUGAGAACAAAUUUUCUGCGGAUAGUUUACAGUCGUUGACAAAUAAUCUGUGCUAUACAUAUGCACGGUGCACGCGCUCUGUUUCUAUUGUUCCUCCAGCAUAUUAUGCACAUCUAGCUGCUUUUCGUGCCAGGUUCUACAUGGAUCCAGAAGCUUCAGAUACUGGUUCUGUUACUAGUGGGUUGGGAGGGGCGAAUCGCAGUCAGUUUACUGGAUCGACUGCUGGCCGCACUCAUCGUGCGGCGGGAGGAAAUGCCGUGCGCCCACUUCCACCUCUUAAGGAGAAUGUGAAGAGAGUCAUGUUCUACUGUUAAAUUGCGAUACGUCAGGACAUCACACAGCGAUGACCUGCUUGAGUAUCCAGUCAAUUUGGACGUGUGUAGCUUUGCUAUGUCCAAUUUUGAAACCUUGACUUGAAAAGCCAAGAAUGACAUCAUGCUUCAAUGAAGCAGCUUAGCAUAUGCUUCAAAGGAAACAUAAAUACUGGGUAUAGUAAUGGGUUAUGAUAUAGAAUUAGUCACAAUAUGGCAUUUUGUAACUAUGGAAUUGGGUUUACUUCAUGUAUGUGGACUACAAUUGGAAGCUACAAGCCGGACGGUAAACUUAGGCUGAUAAUGUAGCUCUUGUAUGUCGUCUUUUGUAGUCACUUUGGGUCCAUCAUUGUCAAAACCAAUGAGUUGGUUUUGUUAUGAUUUGGUCCUUUUUCCCCAGGUCUUAGUGUUAAGCCAGAUUGAAGGAUAUGGAAGUUUUAUUAACAGUAGUGACUUUGAUAAAGCUAUUGUGCUGAAGCUGGUAUUUAAACUAAUUAUAUUGGGCUCAUCAACUAAUUAUAUCUUCUGGAGUGGCUCAUCCAAGUUUGAUAA